UCAUUAAAGAGUUUCACUAUCAACCAUGUCUAGUUUCGGAACUAUUUUUAAAGUAACCACCUUUGGAGAAUCCCAUUGUGACUCUGUGGGAUGUAUAGUCGAAGGAUGUCCACCAGGUCUUGCCCUCACAGAAGACGACGUCCAACCUCAACUUACAAGAAGAAGACCAGGUCAAUCCAAGCUUUCCACACCUCGUAAUGAAAAGGAUCAAGUCAAGAUCCACAGUGGUACUGAGCAUGGCUACACCUUGGGUUCCCCAAUUGGAAUGAGUGUCAAGAAUCAAGACCACCGUCCAGGAGACUACUCAGAAACCGACUUGUACCCAAGACCAAGUCAUGCUGAUUGGACCUAUAUUCAAAAGUACGGUGUCAAGAGUGCUAGUGGUGGUGGUAGAUCUUCUGCCAGAGAAACCAUUGGCCGUGUUGCCGCUGGUGCCGUGGCUGAAAAGGUGUUGGCUAAGGUGAACAAUGUUGAAAUUGUCGCUUUUGUCUCUUCUAUUGGUAAUGUUAGUAUGAAUAGAGAUCCUCAAGAUGAAACCUUCCAAAAAGUAUUACAAACCGUUACUAGAGAAGAAGUCGAUGGUGUUGGACCAAUCAGAUGUCCUGACGAAGGAGUUCGUGAAGAAAUGGUUAAAGUUAUUGAAAAGUACCGUGACGCCAAGGACUCCAUUGGUGGUGUUGUUACCUGUGUGGUUAGAAACUGUCCUAUUGGAUUAGGUGAACCAUGUUUCGAUAAAUUAGAAGCUAAGUUAGCUCAUGCUAUGUUGUCUUUACCUGCCACCAAAGGUUUUGAAUUUGGUUCUGGUUUUGCUGGUACUCAAAUCCCAGGUUCUAAACAUAAUGAUCCAUUUGUCUGGGACGAAACUAAGCAAAGAUUGACCACCAAGACCAACAACAGUGGUGGUAUUCAAGGUGGUAUUUCCAAUGGUGAAAAUAUUUACUUUUCCGUUGCCUUCAAGUCAGCCGCUACUAUAAGUCAAGAACAAGAAACUGCCACUUAUGAAGGUAAAUCCGGUGUUUUAGCAGCUAGAGGAAGACACGAUCCAAGUGUUACUCCAAGAGCUGUCCCAAUUGUUGAGGCCAUGACUGCCUUGGUGUUGUGUGAUGCAUACAUGAUCCAACAAUCUAGAAAUGCCACCAGAUUGUCAAUUAGCGAUAACUAAACAAAUAAUUUAAACAUAGUAGACAUUCUAAUGUAUAAAGUUGUACUUACCAGUUCUGUAGUUUGGUUGCUAGACAACAAUUACAAUUUUAGCAACAACGCGUAAAUCAGUGACACCUUGAAACUUCCAC